AUGAACAAACUAACAUGCUCAUCAGUUUUAGCAACUAUCGUGUUGAUAAUCGAUAUAUAUUUUGGAUAGCACACAUACAGCUUUAGUAAUUGUAUAACAAAGUAUUUAUAAGAGUAAUUUGAAUAUGGUUAAGAAAAAGGGGUGUUUGGUAUCAAUUCAAUAUAAUUAUAGAGUUUUUUUUUUUGAUUUUUUCAACAGCUGGUGAUGCGAUUGUAACUAACAUUCUAACAAUUCUAAUAUGGUUUAAAACUACUAAUAAGGUGUAAAUAUUGAAAAUAGUUACUAUGAACGUUGUUGCUUCAUCGAUAGGAAAUUUAAUAAAAAUGAUAUCUGCUCAACCCAGACCAUUUUAUAUAGAUGAUUAAAUAAGAUUGGAUUUUUGCUAUACAGGAUAUGGGGAUCCAAGCGGUCAUUCAUUAAGACCAUUUGUUUUUUUUGCUUUGCUAUUUGAAACAAUACUUUGCCAAAAGUAUUUCUAUGAAAAUAAUGUAUUUUUGAAUUAAGAAACUCAAUUUCAGAGUCAUCUUCCAUCAAAUGUGAUUCAAUAAUCAAUUUCAUGGUAUUGCUGAUUAAAUUUAUUUUAGUCGAUAGAGAUUUUAGUUGUUAUAUCCUAACUCUCCAAUCAGUUUUAGAUAAUGUUAAAUCUUAAUGGGAAUAUUUGUCUUUAUGAUCGGUAUUGGUCGACUAUAUUUUGGAGUUCAUUUUUUAAACCAAAUUAUAGUAGGUUGGAUCCUAGGACUAUAUCUUUUAUAUAUCUAUUAUUACUGCGGAUUAGAAGACUUUAUUGAUUGUCUAUUCAAUGAAGCUAAAAAAAUUAAAAGUUAGGCUGUAUGCAAGAAAUUAACAAAGUAUAUAAAAAUGGGUUUUAUAAUAUCAUUCAUUUACUCUAUGGCUUUGGUUAUUUAUUACUUUAGACAUAAUUCUGAAUAAAUAAUUGGCGAAAAGGAAGUAUGGAGAAAAUUUAUACUAAAAUAAAUAAAAUGUCUGUAUAAUGGAAAUUAUAGUUAUGAGACAAAAUUUGAAACUUCAGAUGUUUAACAUAUAACAAUAAUUUUUUUCCCUUUAUACCUGUUUAUUCUUUAUGAGCAAAAGACUGAAUAAACGAAAUUUAGUCCAUUAAGAGUUUGGUGUUCUUAUAGCAAUAUAGGAAAAUUAGCAAUUAACUUAUUCUGUUUCUUAAUUAAAUGGAAAUAGAUAGAGAUUUUUCAAUAUUUUCAACAUAUAUUGCCAAGAUUAAUGAUUACUUUAUUUUUUAUGCAUAUCUACUAUUUAACAUAUGCACUCAUACUAUUAGUAUUAAUCCCCUUGAUAACAGCAGUAGGAGAAACAAUCAUAUAGUUUUAUCANAACAUGCUCAUCAGUUUUAGCAACUAUCGUGUUGAUAAUCGAUAUAUAUUUUGGAUAGCACACAUACAGCUUUAGUAAUUGUAUAACAAAGUAUUUAUAAGAGUAAUUUGAAUAUGGUUAAGAAAAAGGGGUGUUUGGUAUCAAUUCAAUAUAAUUAUAGAGUUUUUUUUUUUGAUUUUUUCAACAGCUGGUGAUGCGAUUGUAACUAACAUUCUAACAAUUCUAAUAUGGUUUAAAACUACUAAUAAGGUGUAAAUAUUGAAAAUAGUUACUAUGAACGUUGUUGCUUCAUCGAUAGGAAAUUUAAUAAAAAUGAUAUCUGCUCAACCCAGACCAUUUUAUAUAGAUGAUUAAAUAAGAUUGGAUUUUUGCUAUACAGGAUAUGGGGAUCCAAGCGGUCAUUCAUUAAGACCAUUUGUUUUUUUUGCUUUGCUAUUUGAAACAAUACUUUGCCAAAAGUAUUUCUAUGAAAAUAAUGUAUUUUUGAAUUAAGAAACUCAAUUUCAGAGUCAUCUUCCAUCAAAUGUGAUUCAAUAAUCAAUUUCAUGGUAUUGCUGAUUAAAUUUAUUUUAGUCGAUAGAGAUUUUAGUUGUUAUAUCCUAACUCUCCAAUCAGUUUUAGAUAAUGUUAAAUCUUAAUGGGAAUAUUUGUCUUUAUGAUCGGUAUUGGUCGACUAUAUUUUGGAGUUCAUUUUUUAAACCAAAUUAUAGUAGGUUGGAUCCUAGGACUAUAUCUUUUAUAUAUCUAUUAUUACUGCGGAUUAGAAGACUUUAUUGAUUGUCUAUUCAAUGAAGCUAAAAAAAUUAAAAGUUAGGCUGUAUGCAAGAAAUUAACAAAGUAUAUAAAAAUGGGUUUUAUAAUAUCAUUCAUUUACUCUAUGGCUUUGGUUAUUUAUUACUUUAGACAUAAUUCUGAAUAAAUAAUUGGCGAAAAGGAAGUAUGGAGAAAAUUUAUACUAAAAUAAAUAAAAUGUCUGUAUAAUGGAAAUUAUAGUUAUGAGACAAAAUUUGAAACUUCAGAUGUUUAACAUAUAACAAUAAUUUUUUUCCCUUUAUACCUGUUUAUUCUUUAUGAGCAAAAGACUGAAUAAACGAAAUUUAGUCCAUUAAGAGUUUGGUGUUCUUAUAGCAAUAUAGGAAAAUUAGCAAUUAACUUAUUCUGUUUCUUAAUUAAAUGGAAAUAGAUAGAGAUUUUUCAAUAUUUUCAACAUAUAUUGCCAAGAUUAAUGAUUACUUUAUUUUUUAUGCAUAUCUACUAUUUAACAUAUGCACUCAUACUAUUAGUAUUAAUCCCCUUGAUAACAGCAGUAGGAGAAACAAUCAUAUAGUUUUAUCAAAAAGAAAAUGAAGCUAUUUAGGUUGACUAGAGUGAAAUUGAACUUUGA